AUGCUCAACACCCAACUGCUGCCCACGCUAAUCGCACUUCUGGCCUGCCACGAGGCCUUGACCCUGCCCACUGCCACUGGAAGGACAGGCCAGCAUUUGGCCACCUCUACAAACUCCACCGGAUUAGAUCAUAUCCAGCAGGGGAGGGGAUUUCCAGAAGGUCUUGAAUCCACGACAGGUUACACCCAGGCGAACUUCAAGCCGCUAACCAGCCACCUUCCAUACCGUGAUGAUGACGAUGAUGGUAUCUUGUCCGCACGAACUGAGGGAAAAGCUGUGUGCGAUAAAGUCAUGCCUUGGUUUCCACGUCCGUCUGGUCUCCACGACCACGCACAGCCUCCAGCCUCACUCCUACAAGUGCCAAAUUGUUGGGUCAUGAGCCCAUUAACUCGUCGUUCCGUCCAUCAUUUGAACUCCACGACGCCAGCUGCUGGCUUUGACCAGCGUCUACCUCUAACACAGUGCCUUGAUAGAGACGGGGUGGGGGGUGGGAGUAACCACGACGUUGGUCGUCUCUGCGAGGGUGCGAAGCCGUCCGACGCUGUCGGCUCUGUGAUGUGUACGCGUGCGCGCGCGUGCGAGACCUGUCCGAAUGCGAACGAGGAAAUCGUGCUAACCAUGAGCGGUCAACUCAAAUGCUGUGUGAAAUGUCCGGCUGGCGAGGGCAUGCUCCAGCUAUGCACCAAUCACACACAGACAGUCUGUCGCACCUGUCAGGAGUUCUCCGAGUUUUCGCCAGUUGCGUCAGCGACCGCCAAGUGUAUGCAAUGCAAGCAAUGCCAGGAACUUCACCCCUUCGCCAAAUUCCGCACUCACUGCACUCCCACUUCUGACGCUGUUUGCGAAUGCAUCCCCGGCUACUUCUUCGUCGAAGCUCAGUCAACCUGCCAGAGUUGCACAAAAUGUCCGCCUGGACACGGCGCAGAAAGACCCUGCGACUGGAAUCGGGACAGUUUGUGCAAGCCCUGCCCCGCAGGCACCUGGUCCUCUUCGACGUCCGCAACAGAGACUUGCCAGACCUGCAGAAAGUGCAAGCCAGGCCAAAUUGAAAUGCGGCCUUGCAGCGCGACGCACAACACCCUCUGCUGCCCCCUCCACGAGCCCAACUGCUCGGACACACUGGAAAUGGACGCGAUCAGAGGUAGGCAUUGCUCUAGCCCUGCACUGGUUGUCAUUGUGCUUUGCUUUUGGGCGUUUGUGUGGUGGCCGGCCACCAUAAAUACCACAAACCCACCACCCCGCCUAUCACCAUCGCCGGGUCUGUGCAUUCGCACACACACUCACUUGAGCUGCCAUAAAACAUUACAAAUGUGUCUGUAUGGGUGCGCGCGCGCGCGGGUUCGCGUCCACUACGACUUGUGGCAGUGGAGAGUAAUGCGUAAUCGAGCCUUUGAUCUCACGGCGGUUGCCGCUGCCGCCGCCGCCGACAAAAUGUUGCAGGCGUCAGCAAUUAAAUUAGGCGCGCGCGCGCUCGCGUGUGUGUGCAUGUGGAUUGAGAGCCAAGUUAUGCCACUGCUGAGUCUCGUACGAGAAAGUAGUCGACAAAGUGAAGACACGGAGGAGAAGGAGGGCUUCUACCGAUUCCCACGAAUCGAUUUGCAGGAAAAUCCUGUCACGUCCACUCCGAGUUCUAAUUGGAUAUCAUUCUCCGAAAAGGGAUUAUCACAUGAUCUUAACAGGACUCUUAACUCGAUGAAAAUUAAAACGGCCUUUCGAAUUGACGAUGAACCAUCGCAGACGAAUCGAAGACAGGCCACUGGCGAUCAGAUGCCUGAUCACGUUGCCUACGGCGACGACUACCCCAUGAUCACCGUCUAUUGCUCCCUCCUCGGGCUGGUUAUCCUCACCCUCCUCAUCUACGUCUUUUACAAGCUCUGGCAGCAGCACCUCACCGCCGUCGACGCCAAAGCAGGCAUGGUGGAGGCGGCAGGUGGCAACGCACUGCAUCCGGCAUUCGCUGAACUGACCAAGUCGCGCUCAGUGUCCGCGGCGACGAGCGGACACAGCAGUCUGAGCAAACAGAAGGCGUCCGCGGCCUCGCGACCGGAUUGUGUGCGUCAACACCUCCUCAGCGAGUCUACGCAGUAUUCAAGUUUACCACAACGGCCACCGAUAUCCUCUGAGCUCAUGGAAGAACUGUCCCAGGCUCUUUCAGCCGAUGACCGAUGGAAACAAGUUGGUGGAAUGUUGGGCUAUAGCGACGAAGCACUUCAACGAUUUGAAAAUUCCAGCGAACACGAAAAUGAUGAUGUAACCAAGGAGACGACAGGGGCCACAGUAGCUGCGAGACGGAUGUUGAGUUCGUGGUUUGCUUCAAGGCCUUCGACAGAGACUAACCCACUGGAGUCGCUCAUCUCCGUAAUAGAAUUAAUCCCCGGCACCGCGAACCUCUGUGUUCUCCUGAAGGAGUAUAGUUCUGUAAAAUCGCCUCCACCUCAUCCACCGCUUGGACAACCGCACUAA